AUGGCGGUGGCGAUCGCCGCCACGGCGCGCCGCCUCCUCGCUCCCGCCCGGGGACGGGCUCUGUGGUCGGCCUCGUGGAGCGCUGACCCAGAGGCCUCCACCACACCGUCCCCGUCGACGUCCCUGGACAAGAAGAAGAAGCCGCCGCCGUCGUCAUCGUCCCAGGACCGCCUCGGCGAUGUGAGGGACGCCGUCAACGAACGGAAGCUCCCUCCCGAACUCCGCGGGCGACCCAACGCAAUCAGAUCUGAGACUGACAUUGUAAAUGUCGUGGAACAAAGAAUAUGGCACUCGAUGGAGGAAGGGCAUUUCGAAAACCUACCUGGGAAGGGAAAACCCCUGAACCUCAAUACGAACCCUCACGCAGAUCCGGCAGAAGACACCCUAUACAGGAUACUUUCGCAGAACGGUUGUGCUCCUGAAUGGGUUGAGCUGAACAAGGAAAUCCGUGGAAUGAUUGCAAAUUGGAGGUCAGCUUUCACGAAGGCUUGUGCAAACCGCUCCGAAAACUAUGGUUCAACCUGGUCUGAUGAUUCCCGUAUUCUCCAGGAGCGAAUUCGACAAAUAAAUGACAAGGUUUUCCGUUACAAUCUGAUAGUGCCCUUUGGCCGCCAAAUGUCCGGUCUAAACUGGGACAGGGAAUUGGGCAAACUGAAUUUGAAGUAAGAAAAGAGCAUUAUGCUGCCUAUACCAGAAACUUUUCGGAGGCUUUGUCCUGUAUGUUGUUGUAUUCACACUGCUACCCUAGUCCACAUGUGUACCUUAGAUCAAGAUAGUACAGCUAUAUAUACCCUUAGAUUUGAUCCAAUAUAUUCUUGGAUGUAGUUUCCAGGUGUUAGGGUGCCUCUAGCUCAUAAAGUAACUUGCAGAACCAAAGCCUGCUUUCUGCAGUAGAGACUAUACCGACAAUAAUGCAAUUAGUAUAGUAAUUUAGAGUGAGUUUGUUUUCAUUCCAGUUUUAGGAUAUGUGCCACAGCCAUUUUUUGACAAAAAUCAACGAAGCACGUAUUGUAUGCUGGACAAUAACUAUGUGAGAUACAAAAAGAGUAUAGCAGUAAUAGUAAGCAGCAGGUCAGGUGAGGUCAGGUCAAGUCAUGACUGUAGUACUGUAGAGUCGCCUGUCUGCAAUAAAUUUUGAUUUUGAUUGUACUCUGUCACCGAAAAUACAGCUGCACCAGUACUCUAUAUGUUACAAAGUCAAA